UCGUGCGGCCGAGCGCGGCGGCGGCUCCCGUGCAGCGCCGUGCCGGACCUGCCCAUGGAGCGCGGCUGCGGGAUGGACACGUCGGAGCCGGGCAGCACGACCGAGGAGGAGGAGGAGAAGGCGACGGAGCAGCGGCCCAGGACCCGCUCCAACCCCGAGGGCGCCGAGGACCGGGCGCUGAGCGCCCAGGCCAGCGUGGGCAACCGCAGCGAGGGCGAGGGCGAGGCGGCCAGCGCCGACGACAGCCCGCAGGGCACGACGGCGCCCGACGGCAAGGCCUGGCCCGGCCCCGCGCACCCCACCGAGGUGCAGGUGAAGACGCCGCGGGUGAACUGCCCCGAGAAGGUGAUCAUCUGCCUGGACCUGUCGGAGGAGAUGUCCCUGCCCAAGCUGGAGUCCUUCAACGGGUCCAAGACCAACGCGCUGAACAUCUCCCAGAAGAUGAUCGAGAUGUUCGUGCGGACGAAGCACAAGAUCGACAAGUGCCACGAGUUCGCGCUGGUGGUGGUGAACAACGACGCCACGUGGCUCUCAGGCUUCACCUCGGACCCCCGUGAGGUCUGCAGCUGCCUCUACGACCUGGAGACGGUGGUGUGCAAGUCGUUCAAUCUGGAGGGACUCUUCAACCUCAUCCAGCAGAAGAUCGAGCUGCCGGUGACGGAGAACGUGCAGACCAUCCCGCCGCCCUACGUGGUCCGCACCAUCCUGGUGUUCAGCCGCUCUGGCUGCCAGCCCCAGUUCUGCGCCACAGAGCACAUGAAGAAGAUGCUGCAGUGCCCCUACUUCUUCUUUGACGUGGUUUAUAUCCACAACGGGGUGGAAGAUAAAGAUGAUGAGACAAACUGGAAGGAGAUGUACGCCUUCUUCAGCAACCUGGACACCAAAGGCACCAACUACAAGUACGAGGUGUUGCUGACGGGGCCGGCGGUGGAGCUGCACAACUGCAUGGCCAAGCUGCUGGCGCACCCGCUGCAGCGCCCCUUCCAGACGCACGCCUCGUACAGCCUGCUCGAGGAGGACGAGCCGGCCGAGAGCGAGGCCACCGUGUGAGCCGUGGCGGCCGCCCGCGCUGCCUCGCGCCGGCGCUCACCGUGGCCGCCUUCUCCUUGGAAGGGAAACGGGCUGGGGGAAAGCUGCUGCUAGAAGGAGGUUUCUCUGUGUGACGAUACCUGUAACUGACCCCCAACGCUUGCUCUGGGAGGCGGCUGUUAGUAAAGGACGGGCCUGGGACCUGG